AGGCGCGCAUGCCGAUAGUAAAGCCACAGCUAGACGAUUCAGCUGUAAUCUGGCUGCCCGGGGCGGACGUCCUGUUCUGGGAGGGCACAAACUUCGGAAAGUAGGACAUUCUCUCUACAGUUUCUAGCUAUCUGAUCUGGAAGUGCAGUACAUGGGAAGGAGGUGCUGUUAUAAGUGAGUUAAUUAGUAUAAGGUGAUAUUUCAAUACAGAGCGAGCCCUGUUAGAGCAGCAGUUCGAGGAGACAUCAUGGAUAAAUUACGCAGAGUCCUAAACGGCCAUGAGGAUGAAGAGCAGGGUCUGACAACUCAGGUUUUGGAUUCUUCUUCCCUAAGUUUUGGCACACGAGUAAAGUGGUUUGCAAUAUGCUUCGUUUUUGGAAUAGCAUGCUCUAUUCUUGGAACUGCAUUACUGUUUAUACCUGCAGCUGGAAAAAAACUUUUUGCAGUAUUCUACACUCUAGGAAAUAUUGCUGCUCUUGCUAGCACGUGUUUUCUAAUGGGACCAUUGAAGCAACUGAAAAAGAUGUUUGCACCAACAAGACUGAUUGCCACUAUAGUCAUGCUGCUUUGUCUUAUUGGUACAUUGUGUGCUGUAUUUUGGUGGCAUAAGAAUGGCCUGGCAAUUAUAUUUUGUGUUUUACAGUUCUUUGCAAUGACAUGGUAUAGCAUUUCAUAUAUACCCUUUGCAAGGGACGCUGUUAUAAAAUGUUUCACUGGCUGUCUGAAUUAGGUUGAGAGACCAUGGGUAUUUCUGCAAAAAUUCAGGGACUGAUCAUUCUAUUGUUGAUAUCUGCUAAAUUUACAUUUUUUUUAAAUUAAAUUACAAAAUAAUGUUAUUACAUAUAUGUACAUAUGCUUAACAGUUUUGUACCUGCACCAUUGCAUUUUCCUAAUCAGAGCUUCUUAAAUGAAUGAUUUUUAUUUUUUUUUAAUAAGAAAUGAGUACAUAUUUAAUAUGUGCUGUAAUUAAGGUAUUUGCACUGUGACACAUUACUUUUUGUUUUUUAACAAACACCAUCACUCCAUGAAUAUAAAUCUUGUAUUUGUUUUUUUUCUUUGCCAUGUAAAUAGAGAGAGAGAGAGAGAGAAAAUCUGAAAUAUAUAUAUAGAUAUGCGUGUGUGUUUUGUGGUAUAUUAAAAUAUACUAUAAAGAAUAAAAAGUCCCUGGAAACAAAAUGGAAAAAGAUCAGGAACACAAAAAACAAAACAAAGGCAAUGAGUGAUGCACAGGGAAGCAGUGUAAGGGGCACAAAUAUUGGGUUAUGGGUAAGAAGUGAGUUCACAGAGACAGGAGUAAUAUGAGCAGACAUCUUGUUUGAAGGUGGGGAAUAGGGGAAGGAUCAUGGUGUUGCAGACAGGAGUGGGGGAUGCAAGUAUAUAGAUACAGGCAGGCAGCAGUAGAAGAGAUGAUGCACACCCCAGGGAACAAGUGUGUGGGAAGGAGAGUAAUCACAGAGAUUGGGGAAUGAGUGGGACGGGGAGAGGCCAUAUUUUGUAGUUCUGCCAGUUUUUCACAAGAGAAUUGUUUCUUACCAGGAUUGUGAUCACUGAGUGUAUAUAACAUAUAUAUAGCUGUGGGGAGCAGGGGUGAGAGAGAGAAAAGAAAUUAGUGGAGUUGGUUGAAAGAGAAGAAAGCAAGAAAGGAGAGUGGGGAGGGUAGAACUGGAAGGAAGGCGGAAAGAGGAGCAGCAUUAAAGGAGAACUAAAGCUUAACUAAGAAAACAGGCUAGCAUUGUUGUACAUUAUGUUUUGGGCUUCUGUACCAGCCCAAAGUAACCACAACCCUUUAGCAAGAUCUGUGCUCCCAAAGAUACCCCAAUAUCUCCCCAUCUUUUUUUCCGCUGAUUCACUGCACAUGCUCUGUGCUGCUGCCACUUAUUGAGCUUAGGAACUGACUCAAAAUAUACAGUACACAUACCCCCAUAUGUAAUUAAAUAAGCUAAGUUUGUGCAGUAGCAGUAACCAAUAGCAACCAAUAAGAUGUUUGCUUUUAAACAGGUGACCAGCAAAUUCAACCUGCUUAUGGGCUGCUAUGGGUUACUGCUCCUGGGCAAACUUAGUGCCUUUUAUUACAUAACCUCCAUAGAAUAUAAAUGUUAAAAUAUAAGGCUGAUUAGUAUUAAUAAAGUUAAUUGCUACAUGGAAGCAUAGAAACCAGUGCAAUUAUCAUCAGAAUUUAAUGAAAUGCUUUUUAGCAUCAGCUUAUAUCACCGGCAAGCCUCAUUUUCUGCUUGAUAAUUUGCGACAUCCCCUAAGCUUAGCUUCUUAACAGCUGCUCAGAGCCCACUGAGCAUAUGAGUGUCACAGAUUCUUUCCAAGAUGGUUACCCCUUGUGAUAAAGUCCUGGGUCUUUGCUGCUAUUGAGAAGCUGAAACUUUAGGCUGGUGCUAUACGUUCAGUAUAUAAAACAUGGCAUUUUGAGCCAUGUUUAGUUUAGUUCUCCUUUAACAAGAACAGACAUCUGGGAAAGAUGUAUUGGGAUGGGAAAGAGAAAAUGAAUUGUAUAAAGAUCAUGAAUACUGGAGGAGUGUGGGUGAACGAGAGAGAGUCACUGGAUAAAGGGUGGAGAGGCAAGCUACAGCAUGGGGAUGCAUGGAGCAGGAGCUUUACAUUUAGUAGUUGCUAAAUAAUGCUUGACAUUAUUCUUUUUUUAAAAGCAACUGAGUAAAUAAGUAACUUGCAAAGUUUAUUCUCUGGUUUUUAUUUUAUUUUUUUAUGUGUAUCAAGAUGGAGAUUGAGAAUGCCACUCAGUUAGAGGAUAGAAAUAUUUGCUCACCCCUCCCCCAUUUUCAAUGUGCCUGCUGGUAUGGUACCUAUGGAUUGGAGGAUAGCUGAUAUCAUUUCAAAUUUUAAAGAGGCAUUAUAUUCUCAACCUGGCAAUUAUAGGACCAUACAUUUAACAUCUUUGUGAGCAUGUUACUGAAGCUUUCUUAAGGGAUCAUAUUUGAGAUUAUUUUCUGGAAAAUUGUGUUCUGCGUGGCUUUAUGAUGGACAGAUUAUGCUAAACAAACUGAGUUUCUUCAAUAGCAAUAGCAACACUAGCAUCUUUGACAGUGGAGUUGUGGUAGAUGUGAUAUACUAGGAUGUUACCAAAGCUUUUCAUACAGUGGCACAUAUACAUUUGCUUUUUAUACUGAGAUCUGUUGGUCUUGGUAAUACUGUUUUACAUGGAUAGAACACUGUUUAAAGCAUUGUGUACAGUAGGUGCUUGUUAAUGGUACUUUCUCUACUAGGAAUAGCAUUCCCAAUGGAGUGCCACAGGGUACAAAAACUAGGCCUAUUAAUUUCAUCCAGGAUGUGUCAUUCUUGUAGGGGGAACUGGCAAACACAGAGGCUAUGUGGCAGAUGAGAGAGUAAAUUCUUCCCCUUUAUAAAACACUGAUAAGGUCCCAUUUAGAAUAUACAAAGCAGUGUUGGUUCCAGUCCUCAAAAGGCAUUUUAAAGUGACCGCAUACACCCCUUUUCAACAUUACCAGAGUGAGUAGAGCUUGCACUGUACAUACUUUUCUCCAUAUUGUUUUAAGAAAUAUCUUCUUUUUUGUCAUUUCUGGAAAUAAUUUAUUUAUAGUCCGUUUCAUUGUAGAACUUCCUGUCUCAUCUAUUCAAACAGAACCUCAAAGAUGCUGAUGAAACUAAUUACCAAUCCAUGGAGUUUCCCCUGAUAAUGAGCUGCUCAAAGGCUGCUGCUUAGUUAAGGGUUGUUUGUUUAAAGGUAGAUAUGCGGUUCUGAACAUAUUGCUAAAAUUGGUGGAAAUAGCCCAUAAUAAGGCAUAUGGAAGGUCUAUAUUAUGAAUAAGACCAUACAAUAAACUCUCUGAUGCUUUUUUAAACAGUAUAUCCUAGUAGAGCAGAGUGGAGCUCAAUGCCCCACCUUUCAAAACUCCCAUUGUGAACUCCCACCCAACCCUUAUCCACCCACUUCAAUGUGUAUUGGUAUUUUGCCCUUUCUAAAAACUUGCAGCUACUGAUAAACCCUUUGGGGGGAGUGGGGCCCACCAGGUUUUAUCCCAGUCUCCUGCCAAGCCAGUCUGACCCUACCUACAGGUUGUUGCAAGAGCAAGAAAGGAGGUUCCAUCUCAAUCCGUAUCAAGUUAUUUUUUAAAGUUGUGGAAUUCUCUCUCUGAAAAAGUUGCGCUGUCAGAUACAGUAAUAGUCAACCAGGAACUGGUCCAAAUGUCACCAUGGAGUCUGGAAGGAACCUUUAUCACCCUCCGAGGCUAACUGGAAAGACUUCAGUUUUUGCCUUCUUCUGGAUAAAAGCAGUUAUGCUCCCUUACACAAACACAAUUUGCUUUUAAACAGUUGUUUAGAAAAUGCUUCUUGCUAAUUGUUUGCUAUAGGUGACUAGACUGUGAGAAACAUUAUAACAGUUAUAAAAUAACCUCAUGUGAAGAUGAAAGUUUGUAUGUCAGGUGAAUGUAAUUCUGACCAAAGAGCAUUGAAAACAAUGUCCCUAUUGUUAUUAAUUUUAUGGUGCCAGUGGUGUGCCGGAGAAUAUAUUAAUGGCCAUAUUUAAUAAAAUUAAUAAAAA